AUGACACUAAUGUCAACCGCGGAUAAUCAGAGGGAUCCCUGGAUAAGCCAAGAGGGCGCAGGGCCUUCGGGAGCUAUUCAUGGUACCAGCAACAUGGACGCCGAGCUCGCAUCCAUUGUAUCGUCGCUUUCCGCGCUCUCCAACGCCUCAGCUCAUCAGAGACACGGUCAAAUAGGCAGCUUCCGUCGUAGCUCAUUUAAUAGCAACCAUAGCAGUGAUUUGGAGUCCGAGUCCAUGAUGUUCCAAGGCCAACAGUCCCCCAACGUCAAGCGCGCCGCGUUAUCAGUGGGGGGCGUGUCUAUGGCAAGCGCUCCAUCAGGCGUCAAGAACCGUUUUGCAAAGAUAGGUAACUAUUCUGCGAGUCUAGCAGGUGGCUCGGGACACCAGCAGCAGACACAGGGUGGAUUCUUUGAACGUUUUGGCCGCAGUCUCGCCGAGGGCACUAGGGAAGUCGAACUCAAUUUGGGUACGUCAUCGGGAAGAGCUUCUCGCAGAGGCAGCCAAAAUACAAUGGAUGUUCUCUCCAGGGCGACCACCAAAUCUACUUACCAACAAGCCGCUGCUGAUGGCAGACGACCUUCUGCAUCUUCGGACGCGUUGGAAUCUCUAAGUGAAAACCUUAAUAUGGAGCAUGAGGACACAAAGUUGGACCACAGGAAUAUUUGGAAAGUCGCUGAAGCUCCCGUAUUUAGGCCACAGCUUUCCACCUCAAGCACGGGAAAUCCUAACUUUCAUCCUCCUCCAGUGGAUAUGUUCGGCAAUGUCUAUGGGUUUCCUUCUUACCCUAACUAUUGGAAAGUUGCUGGCCCGAUGGUGCCUCCUGAGACACAAUCCCCCAAAGACGAAGAUAUACCACUGCCUUCACCUCCUGCCGCCGAGGCGCAGGAGACUGCCCCAGCAGGGUUCAAACAGGAAACUCAUCAACAGUUUCUCCCUUUUAUGUUUCCUGGAAAUCCCUACAUGUAUUUUCCUCCUGGCAUCAGACCUCCGUCACCACAGACUUUUCAAGCCUCACCAAACCCAUCCACGGGUUCUCCCAAACCUGGACACCCAAAGCCUCAUGUGAAUCCGUACUUGUACAAUAACCGUAACUCCGCAGCAGCUAACGGCGUGGGUGCCGGUAAUCCAACAAUCGCCACUAGCACGAACUCAUCGGCUUCUGCCCCCCGUGGCAAAGGAAAGAAUAAUGUCAUUAGGUCACCACUUUUGGAAGAAUUUAGAAAUAACUCAUCGGAGAGAACGUAUACCCUUCCUGAUAUAUAUGGGUCUGCGCUGGAAUUCUGCAAAGAUCAGCACGGCUCGAGGUUUAUCCAACAAGAGUUGGCGAGCGCGGCGGACGUUGAGAAGGAAGUGAUAUUCAAUGAGAUCAGAGAAGAAGCUAUUGCGUUGGCGGACGACGUAUUCGGCAAUUAUGUUAUCCAAAAGUUUUUUGAACACGGCUUAAAGUCGCAAAGAGAUAUUCUUUUCGAAAAGUUUACAGGGAGGAUGCAAAAACUAUCUUUACAGAUGUACGCUUGCCGUGUCAUUCAAAGAGCGCUUGAAUGCAUCGAGGAAGACCAAAAAGUAGCAUUGGUAACUGAACUCUCAGGAUGUGUUUUGCAAAUGAUAAAGGAUCAGAACGGUAAUCAUGUCAUUCAAAAGGCGGUCGAGCGAAUUCCAAUAACCAAAUUGCCCUUUAUCUUGACGAGCUUGCACGGCCAAAUAUAUCAUCUUUCUACGCACUCGUAUGGUUGUAGGGUGGUCCAAAGACUUUUACAAUUUGGCUCCCCUGAGGAUCAAGACAACAUCCUGAAUGAUUUGGAUCAAUUCAUUCCAUUCUUAGUCCAAGAUCAGUAUGGAAACUAUGUUAUACAGCACGUUCUGCAACAUGGUCCUAACACUACAGAUGUGCAUAUUGGGAGAACCAAGCAAGCAAUUGUCGACAACGUUUGCGCAAACGUUGUCGAGUAUUCAAAGCACAAAUUCGCCUCUAACGUUGUCGAGAAGACUAUGAUCUUUGGCUCCCCCGCUCAAAAAAAGCAGUUCCUGGAAAAAAUCUUGCCCAAGAGUUUUGAGCACGCUGUCCAUUUGGAAGAUAAUGCCCCACUUAUUUUGAUGAUGCGCGACCAGUACGCAAAUUACGUUGUUCAGAAGCUGGUGAGCAUAACGCAAGGCUCUGACAAAAAGCUGACUGUUAUUGCGAUACGUUCCUAUUUGGAAAAACUAAACAAAGCGAACACCCUGGGGAACAGACAUCUUGCGUCUGUGGAAAAGCUUGCGGCAAUUGUCCAAAAUGUACAGGUUUAG